AUGCCCCCAAUCUUCCAGAAGUUGCUUCGAAACCUGUUCAGACCACCAGAUCACCAUGGUUCGAUUCGACGAGACGAAGGAGCUCCUCGUUCUUCUUCAACUGUUCUUCGCGAUCUCUACAGCACCAACAAGCCCUGUCGCAAAGCGGAGACCCAGGUUGACCACGAGCAAGAAAAGCCCUUACCUGAGCUACCACCUCUCAGCAUUCCGCCCGACUACGUCUGGAGGGUGGCUCCUUUCACGAGAGGAGGGUUCGGACGAAUAUUUGCGAUCAAAGGACGAUGUCAUUCCGAAAGAUUCAUCUUGAAGACCGUCGAGUUGGACCGCGGUCCAGGCGGAAUAUGGGCACCUGCAAUGGAGAUCGUGGCCUUGCGAAGGAUAGGUCGAAACGGGCACGUCAACCUCAUCGAGCAGCCAAAACUGGGAAAGAAUGUCGAGACCGAAUGGUGGUCAAGAGAAGCGGGUCUGCUUUCGAUACUUUUUAACUAUUACCCUGUUGAUCUGCAAGACGUCAUUACCAUUACCAAGCGUCCAUCGUCCAAAGCUAGGUUUCGUGCAGUCGUUCGUGAGGUCGACUUCGUGAAACUGGUGAUAAGCGACGUUAUGCACGGCUUGGCCCACCUUCAUUCUCUUAGAAUCAUCCAUAGGGACCUGAAGCCUGAAAAUAUUUUCAUCGACCAACACGGCUAUUGUAAGAUUGGUGACUUCGGCAGCGCCUUCAUCCCUGUUCGGAGCAGUGACCGCCCGAUGUGUCUCCGCACAACCUUCACUGGUGGCUUUACGUUCCGGUACGCAGCUCCAGAGCUCGUCGCCUCGUACUCCGACGACGUAGAUCAGCUGACCUGGUGCUACGACGAACGCGUCGAUUUUUGGGCUCUGGGGUUGAUCAUUCUGGACCUUCUUCGUGUAGAGGUAGGGAGUUUGUACCCUGGCAGCUGGUAUGCCCUCGUUUGUCCUCCGACAGAAUUCGUGAGGGAGGUUCACAAGACAUUCGAUAAAAAAUACUGCCUAAAAGACAAAAAGACGGCUGAGAUCUUCAAGAGGUGCAUUCAAGCCUAUCCGAAUGGCCGCCUCGAUGGAGAUGCCGGGGUUCAAUUGGUCAAAGACUUCCAUUUUCAUCGCACGGGCUUUGCAUCUUUCAUCCAUGACACCAACUGGUUUAUUCAUAAGUCGCAGAGAAUGCUCUCGGAGAAAUUCCUUCGACCAACUGUUGCCCUGAAUUCACAUCCUCUCCUCGGCGAACCUGUGGAUUGCCCUUCAGAGGAAAGAAUGACAACAUUUGACGAUGUCCUGCACAAGAUGAAUGUAAAGCUGGAGGAACGUCCGCAGUAUCGACUAGCUCUCUGA